CGAAAACAAAGAAAGAUUGUUGCAUUAAUUUAAUUUAAAAAAGUUGAUUGAAAACGCAAGUCUCGUUCAUCUCCUCCAAAUGUUCUUUUUCUUUUUUUAUGUUCUUUCUCUUCUAAAAGUCCAACAGCGACAACAUAGGUUUCUCUCUCUACCAUGGCGUGUCUAUAUAAAGCAAGGUCGUCGAUUCAUAACGACCAUCUCCAUUACUUCUCCAUAACCUUUCAAGAAACAAAAACAAGAUAAGAUCUCUUCAGAUUCCUACACUCCAACAAAUAUAAGUUUCAUUAGAUUCUUUCUUAGCUAGAGAAUGAAACUGAUUGAGAAGACGAUGAGCAUGAACCAGUUUAGGACUAUGGAGGAGGAGAAGCAAGACGGUGGUGAGCUUUUCCAUACCAUCGAGGUAGCUAAAGUUGACCGGAACAACGUGUCUCAGCCGCCGCCGGCUGCUACUGCAGCACUGCUAGAAGUUCCCGGUGAUGAACUUAACCUAAUUCCACCGUUGAACUUUUCGAUGGUCGAUAAUGGUAUAUUCCGGUCUGGAUUCCCGGACUCGGCGAACUUCUCCUUCAUCAAGACUCUUGGCCUUCGCUCAAUCAUAUCUUUGUGUCCAGAGCCAUAUCCUGAGAACAACAUGCAGUUCCUCAAAUCCAAUGGAAUUAGUCUUUUUCAGUUUGGCAUUGAAGGCUCUAAGUCCAAGUGUCUUCCCGGAUUAGAGAACGAGGUUUGGUUGCAUAUUUGGAGUUCUAAGCAUCAGAAAGAGGAUUUUUAUACAAAUGGAAAUUCAAAAACUUCGGAGCCAUUUGUAGAUAUCCUAGAUCAGAAAAUCCGUGAAGCACUCAAAGUCCUUCUCGAUGAGAAGAACCAUCCACUUUUGAUUCAUUGCAAACGAGGCAAGCACAGAACCGGGUGUCUUGUUGGGUGCAUGAGGAAACUCCAGAAAUGGUGCAUAACAUCGAUACUCGAUGAGUAUAAGCGAUUUGCAGCGGCUAAAGCUAGAGUUUCGGAUCAAAGGUUCUUGGAGUCAUUCGAUGUAUCAGGCUUGAAGCACACUCCAAUGUCUUUUUCUUGCUCCAAUAGGUAAAAUAAAAACGAGACAAUCAAAGAAGAUUUGACCAAUCCGUCAUUCCCUUUUUUCCAUAGUUGAAUAACAAAAUUAAAGGAGGAGAAAAAUCAUGAGUUACCUGAGGAAUCAUCAAAUUCUUCUGGUUUUUGUUUUCUUUUUCUGAAUCAAAUAAUAACAAUAAUAAUUGGAAGAAGAAGAAUAUUGUAUAUCUUUUUCUUUUGAUUCAUUUGUAAUCUAAUAAUGUAUUAAUUUAUAAAUUAACGCAACAAAAUAAAACAACAGUUUAGUUUAA